GUACCGAGUGAGGGAGAGAGAGAGAGAGAGAAAGAGAGAGAGAGAGAGAGAUAGGAAGAGAUAGAGGAGGAUAUAGCAGUCAGGCUCCCAGAGCAAGUGAAUCAUAAGUGUUUCGACCCAGAAUACAUAACUACGACUAUAGAAAUAAUCCAGUCAGGCCAAGACUCAUCCAGAGUCCUCUUCACAGUUUCCCCCUUGACUGCCAUCCAGAGAGAUGAAGUGCACUAAACACAAGUUCAAGUGUGGUGAUGGGCAAUGUAUCCCCAAGGCAUGGCUUUGUGACAAAGAACCUGACUGUGAUGACAAAAGCGAUGAAAGCUUAGAACGCUGUGGUAAAUUUGCCUCCCAACCACCACCAGCAUAUUUUGCAAGCACGGCAACAAGCAGAGUGACAGCAGGAAGUGAAACAGUUCAUCAACCAGUGUCAGGGAAGCCAUGGUUGCUAGAUAACUCCCCUGCCCUGGUCGGCUCAGUGAGUCUGGCUGCCGUGGUGUGUGCUGUGAUACUCCUCUUCCUCUACAAAUGGAAACAGAAGAAGAACCUUAAUGCCUCACCACUUAAACACAUCUCUCAGCCACCUACUAUUGGAGUGGACUUAAAUGAUUAUGUAUGCGACUCAACUGGAUGUGGUGAACAGACGUCGUCCGAAUAUGAAACAAUGGACCCAAUUGUCAACCCCAGUGAUGCAGUUUAUGAGAGCAUCCAGUAUCCCAUUUACCAGCAGUUGGCAGUCCAAACGGACCAAUCAAUUGCAGUCUAUCAAUGCAUUCAUGCCCACAUUAGCCAAUCGCAUGCAGCCAGUCUCUAAGUUAGAUCUGGUUGCUUUAACUUCCGCUCUUACUUAACUCAUACCUAGAUUCAAACAUUCACUGACAAUUAUUUUAACAAACAUACCACACAUACGACAUACCAUAUUAAACACACACACACACAUGCACACACACACACAAACACACAGACACAGACACACACACACACAGCUCACUGUAGCUGAAAUGAGGUCAAGGUUUUAAAGGAAGCCUACACAUCAGGCACUGAGAAUCAUUUUAAAAAUAAAACAUUUUAUAUGACAUUAA